AUGCCUACAACCAUUCAUAUCCUUGUUUAUGUUAGCGAGCCAAUAGAUCUAAUCGAAUACCGACACGCGGGGCUAUUUCUCAAAUUCCCCGCUGGUUCCUCAACCCUGUUGAACGUAGAAGGGGCUCCUGGGGUCUUUGAUUUCAAACCACGGGAUGGUUACAAACCUGAAGAUAGCAGGAAGCUUGCUGCUACCAUUCCUGUAGCAGAUUUUCCUGAUUAA